GAAAAUCAGCUGGUAUCAAUAAGCAAAGUUUCUCUGAAAUUCAACGUUUAUGAUGUGAUGCCAAAUCAUGGACACAGCGGAGAUCCACGUAAAUAUAAACUCCCAGACUUGCCGCAUCUGCCUGGAGACCCACGAGACCAAUCUGUACAUCCACGAUGAGAUUAAAUACAACGAUCUAAUGUUGGAGCUCUGGCAGUUGCUGGAGGCCGUUUCCAAAUUGAAGUGGACAUGGACGCACCCAAAUCUACCUAUGCAUUUGUGCCAAAAUUGCGCCCGCCGCCUGAUCGGCGCCUAUGAGUUCAUGGUCGAAGUGGAAAACGCCCAUGAAAUUCUACAGAAUCUCUUCGAGCAACAAGAAGUUGCUGCCAAGACGGAUGAAGUUCAUGUGGAUGUCGUGGAGCUUAUAGACCAGGACGAUGUGGUCAGUAUGGAACAAUACCUGUCCACGUCUUUUGCGGAACAACACGUGGAAAUGGAGGCGGAGUAUGGAGACCAAGACUGUCCAGCAUUUACUUCAGAUGUGGGCGAAGAUCCACUGUAUACGAGCGAGGAUCGUGAUAAUGAGCCUGAAGACCCCACUCAGCUGAAGCCUCUGCCAGGUGAAACAGAAAAAAAAGAAUUUUCGCGGCCUUCCCAGUUGGGCAGUCGUUUGAAUCAUUCGGAGAACUUCAUCUACAAGUGCGCCGUCUGUCCGCGUGUCUUUGCCAAAAGUGAAUCUCUGACUCGCCAUUUUUCCCAAGCCCACAAACUGACGGCGGACGUGGCCGCCAUGAAGCUGGCCAACGAGAGCAGCGACACCGGUCUGCUAACCUGUGAGUACUGUCCGCGGACAUUCAAGCGUCAGGACACACUCCGGCGACACAUGCAAGCAUUCCAUCCCGACGCAAUCGCAUUGGAACCCGAAGAAACGACGGAAAACUCCGCCCGAAAACGCAUAGCUAAGCGGCGAGACUGUCCACACUGUGGCUUGAGCUUUCCCGUAGCUAGCCUUACCAUCCACAUUCGGCGACAUACGGGCGAUAAUCCGUACAAGUGCGAUCAGUGCGAGAAGGCCUUUCCGCGCAGCCAAGAUCUCAGUCUUCACAUGCGUCAGCACACCGGCGAGCGUCCCAGUGAGUGCAAGAUCUGCUCCAAGAAGUUCAUUUCGCAGAACAAGCUGGCGCGACACAUGCGGUUGCACACGGGUCAAAGGCCGUACUCCUGCAACAUGUGCAGCAAGAGCUUUGUGCAGUCCAACGACCUAAAGAUCCAUAUGCGCCGCCACACGGGCGAGCGACCAUAUCAGUGUGGAGUGUGCGGCGAGAGCUUCGUGUGCGGUUCGCACCUGAAUAUCCAUCGAAACCGGAAGGGACAUCUGGAUGCUGUGAUUCCGGGCAAUGAAGUAGAGGCAAAUAUUGAUCCUUAUGUAAAUGCUAGGGUCAACCAGCGCCGUUCGGAGGAUAUAGAGCGUAUGCGCCUGCAACGCAUUCCCGAGAACCAAUUGCAACAGAGACUGGAAAUGCUCCCCAAACCGGAUGUCCCGACUACGUGCUACAAAUGCGGUGUCUGUGAACAGAAAUUCAAGAGCGGAGCUCUUCUGACCGUCCAUCGCAAUAAAAUGAGCCAUUAUGAGAUCGAAAGGGUUUACGAAAAUCCCUUCGGGAAAAAUCAGAAAAUGAUCAAAGCCGAGUAUAAUUAAAAUGUAUUACAAGCUAAAGAAAGCAACACGAAUAUAGAAUGUAGAACGAACCCAAUGCAUAUUAGAUACUAUUUGUAUUAAAGUCUGCAAAACA